AAGUCCAGAACCUUCCGUACCCACUGUCGUGCGAGCUCUGCAUACUUCCUCCGUUUUUUCGUCAAACCCGUUUCAGCAUGGAAUGUGCCAUCCGAUUCUUUAAACAAGUAAAAACUGCCCAAGUUUCAGAAAAGCGUGGCCAUGAAAAACUUCGUCAGCGGGCAGAAGAGGUGGCAGAGCUAAUUUCAUCAACUUUCUUCAAACGCAAACGAGAAGAAGAAGCCGGUCUUCUGAAUUUAGACGGUCAUCUCAUGUUCCGACAAGGCGCCGACGGGUGCUUCGAAGGCGUCAAACUGGAAGGAAGAAAUGCCGGAGCAACCACGAUCGCACGCCAAGGACGCUGCGGAGAUUGUUGCAGCAUAAACAUCUAUAUAAGCAACAACGUACAGGGAGUCAACAACUCCAUCCUGGUGGGUAGCGACGUGAAACAAGGAAAUGCUGGUGUUUGCUUAUCCCUGAAGGGAUUGAAAUUGGACAGAGGGUUUCAGAAAUCAAGCAAAAAGAAGACGAGUGAAUUAGCUCAAGGGCUUGGUUGGAUCAUUUUAGUUGCACUCCUUGCAGUCAUUCUAUUUUGUUCAAUCAUGUAACAUGCAACAAUGUUGGGCCCCAUAAUAAGCCUCUUUUUUUUUUUUGGGGGGUUCUUUGUUGGCAGAGUGGAACUCUUCCAUUUCCAGUACAGGUAAUCCUUCCUUCACAUCAAUAUACUAUGUUAAUGUAUGUAUACACAUGUAGAGAGAUAGAGAGAGAGGCAUGAGUUGCCCCAGCCCCACCACAGGCCGGCUGAUUUCGGUUUUCAGGUUGCCAAUCAUUUUGCAUCUAACUUAGUGAAAAUUCCCAUGGGAAAUUCUGAACGUGGCAAGUGAUGUUAAAUGUUAACGUGUUUAUCCUAAUAGUUACAUGAAACCUUGUCCGCAUCUUCAACUGUGUGUUCGUGACAGCUGACAAGGGUAUGUAGGGGUCCAACGGUUGUUUGAUCA